GCUGCGGUGAUCAUCGCCACGCUGGGUUUCGUCUUUGCCAAGUUAGGUGGCUUGGUCGUGUCCCUCCAAUUCCGGAGAUGCCGAUGCGUUUGCGGCUCCCAGUUCUGCGUUGAAUGAUCGGAGGUAGGAUAUAGUUGUGCUUUGACUGAAGUGGAGGAUUUCUCCACUGCUUGCGUCUGUCAGUGAGUGUGGAUGAUUUGCUGGGUGUUUGCCGGAGGUUGUAUAUUAAGCGAUCACAGUGGAUUGGGCGUUUUGGAGGAGCUGGACGAGGGAAGGGUCUCGGUUUGCGAGGUGACGUAGCUGUUCUAUGAGAAACCAUUGGUGCUCUCUCGUUUUGUGAAACGUCAGAAAACCUCCCUGAACGAGGAUCAUCGCAAUGGCGGCACAAGCGUUGAUGCAAAAAGCCUCUCCAGCUGCACUAGGAAAGCUGAAAUGCAUCACAGUGGACGUGACGGGAACUUUGAUAGCAUACAAGGGGCUUUUGGGAGAUUACUACUGCAUGGCUGCCAAAGCCGUGGGCCUCCCUUGUCCCGACUACGAUCGCAUGCACCAGGGUUUUAAGAUCGCGUACAAGGACAUGGCUACCAAGCAUCCCUGCUUCGGUCAGGCGUCCAGGAUGCCUAAUAUUGAUUGGUGGAGAGUCUGUGUCCGAAACUCUUUCAUUGAGGCUGGCUACAACUAUGACGAUGAAACUUUCGGAAAGGUGUUCAAGCGGAUAUACUCGAUGUUUGGGUCAGCUGCCCCUUAUAUAAUUUACCCAGACGCACAACCGUUCUUGCGUUGGGCGCGGAAGCAAGGAAUUAUCGUCGGGGUAGUGAGUAAUGCUGAGUAUCGAUAUCGUGACGUCAUAUUGCCAUGUUUAGGGCUCAAUCAGGGUUCAGAAUGGGAUUUUGGAGUGUUUUCGGGCAUCGUCGGUGUCGAGAAACCUGACCCCAGGAUUUUCGAGAUAGCUCUGAAGAAAGCAGGGGGGAUUGCUCCUGAGCAAGCUCUCCACAUUGGAGACAGCCUCCGCAAGGAUUACGUCCCUGCUAGAGGACUUGGCAUGCAUGCAUUGCUGCUGGAUAGAUUCCAAACCAACGAAGCAAUGCGUGCCAGUGAGGCCGGCGUGCCUGUGUUUCCUGAUCUCACAUACGCUCAGAAGUACAUUAUGUCGCUACAAGAGAAAACAGAAGCUUUAGUUGUUUAAAUAAUCAUAUCAUUUUGGCUUCCUUCAACGGACGUGUAUUAUAUCACAAAAGAAGUUGGCAAGUAAAAGAUACCAAAAGCAGGACCUAGAAUAACUACAGAAUCAUUAUCCGCAUCAACGAGAUAUGGGAAAAUCUAUCAAUACUAACAAACUGAAUUUAGGAAUGUGAAUUAUCAUGUAUAAAUUCAAUGCUAGCAUUGCAUGCUACAAAGCAACUUUUUAUAUUGUACAAGUACUUCAAUAACAGAGUUUAUAUCAAAAUGAUGACAUUUGCCGCUCCAGGUUUCCUUUCA